CUCUCUCACUCAGUCGUCCCUCUCUAGAUCUCCCUCGCUCUCAGUCAUCCCUCUCUCGCUCUGCCUCGCUCUCAGACAUCCCUCUCUGGCUCUCUCUCUGAUCUGAUCUCUCCACCAGCUUUGAUUUGAUUUCUCUCUGAUCUGAUCCCUCCGCUAACUUAGAGUGCAGUAAGAAGUGGGAGAUGGAUCUGAAGCUCGAGUUAAUUUCCUAACGCAGCAUUGUUCGUUCAUCACCGAUAGAAGUGAUCUAAUUGUGCAGGUCACUCCACCUGUUUGUUUUCUGGAUCCUUUUUGAGAAUGUAAUGUCCCUGCACCGGACUAAGGCAACCUUUAUUGGCCUGCUGGAGGCAGGAAGAGUAAAUGAAUGGAUAUUAACUGAGAAAUUGGGAGAUGCUCUCAAGGUAAAAGCAGCCAAGAAACCUCGAGUCAGCAUCAGAGAAAGACUCCAUCUGCUGGAGCUAGGAGUUGGAAUGCUUCUCUUCCUUGUCGCAUGCUAUGGUCUUGCUUAUGGAAAGAACCAUUACUUCCUAUACCUCUAUCUGCAAUCUUUGGCAUUCUUCAUGGGAGUCCCUUGUGUGAUAUAUUGGAAGAAUACAUUUUCUAGGUAUGCAGCAUGCCAUUUUCGACAGGCAUUGCUAUCAGUGGUACAGAGUUCAUGUAGCCAUACAUGGGAUGCAUUCCAACUUGCCCAUGCAUCGUUUAGGCUCUAUUGUGUACGAAACAACCAUGUCUUGCCAACCAACAGCCACAAGGUUAGUAGUAAGGUGGGGCCACGCCUACUAGGUGAACCCCCAAAGAUUAAUAUUGCUCCACCUGAGAAGGAGGCUGAGGAAGAAGAUGAAGAAGGUUCAUCAGGCUCUCUCCUAGCGAUAAAAGUAUAUGGUGAUGAUGUGAACAUUAGGUUUCUUGUUUGUGGAGUGCCAUGCACAUUGGAUGCAUUCUUGUUGGGAUCUUUGGAAGAUGGCUUAAAUGCCAUCUUAAGCAUUGAAAACUCUAGUUUAAGGUCCAAAUUCUUCACUGAUACUGUAAGCAUUCCAUCUUAUUAUCUUGAACCUUGGAUAAAAUGUCCUAUGAGAACUAAUUUUUCUCAUAUUCUUUCUAUACCUAAUGCAUUGAUUGGUGGAGCUAAGGCAGUGGAUUUUGAUUUUUUUUAUUAUUAUUUUUCACAACAGGAAAGCUUUGUCAUUCUCUGCCCCCUCCUUCAUUCCUCUUCCAAACUGCCCAAUGAAUUUUCUCGACCUCAAGGGCCGAAGAGAGAGAUAAAAGAGAUCAAUCCUGAAAGGAGAGUCACAUGCCCAGAAAGCUGAAGUGGCAAUUAAACAUUCUUCUACUACAAGGCAGCCAUGGAGACACCUUGGAUGUAGCAAUUGGCUUAUUUGUUGCUCGGCUCUCACAGUUGCAGAGAAGAACACAGGUUCUCUUUGCUGACCCGAAUUAGAUAUGCCUGGGCUUUUCGUUCUCCUAGAACCUGCAGGCUGUACAGC